AGAACUAACGAACUCACACGUGUCUUGCAAGAUGGAUUUCUCGCGCGAUUGCCUUAGUUCUGAUCUUCUUUAUACAUACAACGCGAUAAUAUAUGGCUUGUAUAGUAUUAUAGGAUUCAUUCUUUUGUCAGUUAUCGUAUUCGGUACUCUGUUUGUGUACGAACAUUUCUUUUGGACAAAAAAGAUAAAAGACGUUAGGAAGAAACACGUUGUCGUGACCGGUGGCUCUAGCGGUAUUGGAAAAUGUGUGGCGAUUCUUGCUGCGAAGAAAGGAGCAAACGUCACGAUAAUUGCGAGAAAUGUACAGAAUUUGGAGAAGGCUAAACGUGAAAUACUGCAAGCAUGUGAAAACAAAGAUACACAAAGAGUCGAAUAUCUUUCUUUAGACAUUGGAACAGAUUAUGACACCGUCGAGAAAGCAUUGGUCAAUUUGGAAAAUGAUAUGGGUCCUAUUUAUAUGCUUGCAAAUUGUGCUGGUCUUGCGAUACCAAGCAAAAUAGAAGACACCACUCCAAAGAAUCUGGAUAUAAUGAUGCGCACAAAUUUCUUAGGCACAUAUUACUGUAUUAAGGCUGUAACACCAAGAAUGAAAGCUGCCAAAGAAGGAGUGAUUGUACUUGUGUCAUCUCAAGCUGGUCUCCUAGGUAUCUUUGGAUACACCGCUUACUGCAGUACGAAAUUCGCAAUCCGUGGCUUGGCAGAGAGCUUGGCUAUGGAAUUACAGCCUUAUAACAUUUCUGUCACUUUGUGUUUACCACCGGAUACAGACACACCUGGUUAUGCCAUCGAAGAGUUGUCAAAGCCAAUAGAAACAAAAGCCAUAUCACAGGUGGCGAAGUUAGUUCAGCCCGAGGUCGUUGCUGACAAGCUUUUCGAGGAUGCGUUGGCAAGCAAUUUCUUCUCUUCCGUUGGUUUUGAAGGUUUUAUUAUGAUGACAUUGUGUGCGGGAAUGUCGCCGGUCAAGCUGUUUCGUCAACUGUUCGUACAAGUUUUUCUAAUGGGCCCAUUGAGACUUAUCGGCGUAAUGUACCUCUUCAUCUUCCAAAGAAUCAUUGCUCAGUGCAAGCAACAUACGAACUCUGAAAAUAUAGAAAAGGUUAAGUAA